AGAAAACAGAAAACAGAGCUAGGGCACGGUCGUCCUACGAGAGGGGCAGUGGAUUCAUUAAGGGCCUCUAUAAAUAAAGCUCUGGAGAUAGGUCGAGAAAGUGAACGAGCGAGCGAGCCAUGGCGAAGCCUCGUAAGCCAAAGAACGAGGAUUCUAAGCCUGAAAAUUCUGGAGCCGUAGUCCGUCACCAGAAGCUUUGCCUCUCAGUUGACAUGGAUCACAGCAGAAUCUACGGUUAUACCGAGUUGGAAAUUGCUGUUCCGGACAUUGGUAUUGUUGGUUUACACGCAGAGAAUUUGGGGAUCGAGACUAUUUUGGUUGAUGGAGAGCCAACCGAGUUCGAGUACUAUCCGCAUCACCAGCAUGGUGAGAGUGAGAAGGGAUGGGACUUGGUUUCAUCGCCUAUUGCUGCAGCUGAUGCUGCAAGUGUCGCAUAUACAUCGGCUCUGGAAAGAGAACUGGCUCCGAAUCUGCUUAUCAAUUGCUGCAAGGCUUUCAAGAGUGUACCUGAACUGCAGGACCAAAUGCAUAUGGAGAAUGGCUUUCAAUCUUCCACUGAGGCAAAGCAGGUCAAUGUGAAAUUAGUUCGUAUUAAUUACUGGGUAGAGAGGACAGAGACUGGGAUCCAUUUUGAUGAUAAUGUGAUACAUACCAAUAACCAGAUAAGGCGUGCACGGUGCUGGUUCCCUUGUAUGGAUGAUAGCUCUCAACGUUGUUGUUAUGAUCUGGAGUUUACGGUAUCCCAAAAUCUUGUGGCAGUCAGCACUGGAAGCCUACUAUACCAGGUUUUGAGCAAAGAUGAUCCUCCUCGCAAAACUUACGUCUACAGAGUUGAAACUCCUGUUGCUGCUCGGUGGAUAUCUUUAGCAGUUGCUCCUUUUGAAAUCCUUCCUGACAGCCAUAUUGGUCUUAUUUCACAUAUGUGUUUGCCAGCUAAUUUGUCAAAGCUGCACAACAGUGUCCAAUUUUUCCAUAAUGCAUUCAGGCAUUAUGAAGAAUAUCUUGCAGCCAAAUUCCCAUUUGGUUCAUACAAGCAAGUAUUUCUGGCUCCUGAGAUGGCAGUUUCAUCGUCAAAUUUGGGGGCCUCCUUGUGCAUAUUUAGUUCUCAAGUUUUGUACGAUGAUAAAGUUAUUGAUCUGGCCAUAGACACUAGCGUUAAACUUGCAUUUGCCCUUGCAAGACAAUGGUUUGGAGUAUAUAUAACCGCUGAGACACCGAAUGAUGAGUGGUUGCUGGAUGGUCUCGCUGAUUUUUUGACAGAUUCCUUUAUCAAAACAUUUUUAGGCAAUAAUGAGGCAAGAUAUCGGAGAUACAAGGCAAAUUGUGCUGUUUGCAGAGCAGAUGAUAGUGGUGCGACGGCUUUGAGCUCCUCUGCUUCUUGUAGAGAUUUGUAUGGAACUCAUUGCAUUGGUAUAUAUGGAAAGAUACGAUCAUGGAAAUCUGUGUCAGUCCUUCAGAUGUUGGAAAAACAAAUGGGGCCAGAGUCCUUCCGAAAAAUCCUGCAGACUGUAGUUUCUCGAGCUCAAGAUGACAGCUGUCCUGUGAGGUCUCUUAGUACAAAGGAGUUUCGGCAUUUUGCUAACAAGGUUGGAAACCUGGAGCGUCCUUUUCUUAAAGAAUUUUUUCCUCGCUGGGUGGGAUCAUGUGGGUGUCCAGUGCUAAGGAUGGGAUUUUCAUAUAACAAACGCAAAAAUAUGGUUGAAUUGGCGGUUUUGCGGGAAUGCACAGCUGCUGCUGAUUCAAGUGCAUCCACUCUUAAUGCUACUAAUGAUUCUGAGAUCGGAGAUGGCGAUAAUGGAUGGCCUGGCAUGAUGAGUAUCAGGGUUUAUGAACUUGAUGGCAUGUACGACCAUCCUGUGCUUCCAUUGACUGGAGAUACAUGGCAGCUGUUCGAAAUACAAUGCCAUUCCAAACUAGCUGCUAGACGUGCUCAGAAGCCAAAAAAGGGUUCAAAACCUGAUGGCUCAGAUGAUAAUGUUGAUAUUGUUCCUACUGUCGAUAUGCGAACCAGUAUGGAUUCCCCAUUGUCAUGGAUUAGGGCAGAUCCUGAAAUGGAGUACCUUGCUGAAAUUCAUUUUAAUCAACCUAUACAGAUGUGGAUUAAUCAAUUGGAGAAGGACCAAGAUGUUGUUGCCCAAACACAAGCUAUCGCAGCAUUGGAGGCUCAACCUCAGAUUUCAUUUUCUAUUGUUAAUGCUCUAAAUAAUUUCCUAUGUGAUUCCAAGGCCUUCUGGAGAGUUCGAAUUGAGGCAGUGUUUGCGCUGGCUAGCACUGCAUCUGAGGAAACUGAUUGGGCUGGUUUACAUCAUCUGGUGAAGUUUUACAAAAGUAAAAGGUUUGACACAGACAUUGGACUCCCCAAGUCAAACGACUUUCAUGAUUUUCCUGAGUAUUUCGUUCUUGAGGCCAUUCCACAUGCUGUAGCCAUGGUCAGAACUGCAGAAAAGAAAAGCCCAAGAGAAGCCGUCGAGUUCGUUUUACAACUUCUGAAGUAUAAUGAUAACAAUGGGAAUCCUUACUCUGAUGUGUUCUGGCUUGCUGCUCUAGUCCAGUCGGUUGGUGAACUUGAAUUUGGGCAACAGAGUAUCAUCUUUCUAUCAUCUCUUUUGAAGCGCAUCGAUCGGCUUUUGCAAUUUGACAGACUCAUGCCUAGCUACAAUGGCAUCUUGACAAUCAGUUGCAUACGGACCUUGAUACAAAUUGCAUUUAAACUUUCUGAGUUCAUACAUCUUGAUCAUGUCUUCGAACUUAUUAAACCAUUUCAAGAGUCUCAACCAGUGUGGCAAGUUCGUAUAGAAGCAAGCAAAGCGCUGCUUGACAUCGAAUUCCACUGCAAAGGCAUUGAUGCAGCUUUGUCUCUGUUUAUGAAAUACGUGGAGGAAGAGCCAUCAUUUAGAGGACAGGUAAAACUCGGUGUACAUGCUUUGCAAUUGUGUGAUGCAAGAGUACAGUCUGAUUUUAAGGAUGAUAUCAAAAGUACUACUCUUGUGGCUUUGCUUCGUCUGCUGGAAAGCCGUUUAGCAUUCAGCAACGUAUUUCUUCGUCACCACUUGUUCUGCAUUUUACAAGUCAUCGCAGGAAGGACUCCUACACUCUUCGGAGUCCCUAGAGAGAAAACUUUGCACAUGGAUGCUGCUGAAUUUUGCGGUGAACCAAAGAACGUCUUUUCAUCCAUUCUUGGGGAUGCAAAGCCCUUAUUACCCUCUGCAGAUAUUAUAAACCCCUUGCACGAAGGUUUGGGAAUCCCAGAGACUUCAAGUCUUCCACUUGAGGGUUUGUCAGUUCCAGACACUUUGAAUGUGGUUCAUGAAGAUUUGGCUGUCCUUGAAGCUUCAAAGGAAGUAGAUACUGUUUCCCAUAAUGCUGAUGCUGAACGUAAAAUGGAUGUGGCAAUCACAGAUGUCCCAAAGGAAGCGGAUAGUGUUUCCAAUAGUCAUGAAAGGAGAAUGCCUGUAGUUAAGAUCAGGGUCAAAAGAUCUUCUGCUGCAAGCAGUAAUGCAGAGGAGGUCAAUAAUCAAGCUGUUGAAAGAUCCCACGGUGGGCACCAUGAAAUUGAACAUGGGGCCAGCAGUUCUGUUUCAGUGGAUGCACCACAAAGGAAUUCUUCUGAGGCAAUGAACAUAAGCAAUCAGAAUCCCGAGGAGGUCAAUUCAUGUCCUGACCACGGGUCCAGAAUGACUGCUAGCAUCGGCAGUGCAAAAGUUCCAAGUGGAGGUGAGACUUCAGGGAAGGACCUUCAGUGCACUGCAGACUCGAGCAAAGUUUUUGCGCACAGAUCGUCCCCUGGCAUCAUGCAAGAUAACAGCAUAGACAAUGGGGCACAAAAAUAUGCGAGCCUACAGAGGCUGUCUGUGCCUGGACAUGAGUUUGAUGGUGGUUCAUCUGGUAUGAUUUCUCCUCCUCAUAGCAAAGAAAAGGAGAAAAAGAAAGGGACAGAGAAGAAACGGAAGCGGGAAGGCCACAAACAUCGAGAUGGUCCUGAAUAUCUGGAGCGAAAGCGUCUGAAGAAAGAGAGAAAGCAAAAGGAAAAGGAGAUGGCAAAGCUUCUGAGUGAUGAUAUGAAGGCAUCUCAGUCGCAGUUGGAGAACAAAAAAGAGGAAGCAAGCAUUCAGGCUGGAACUGUGCGAUUGAAACCAAAUGAAGCUAGUGGAUCAGCCGUAGCGACGACAAAGGUUGAAAAAAGGGCUGAGCCAUCUGAGGGUAGUUCUGCUCCGCCCAAAUUCCGAAUCAAAAUAAAGAAUUUGACGCUGAACAAACAAUAGUUUACAAUUUCUUUUAAAUUUUCCAGCAAAUCGAAUUUCUUCAGCUGAGGAGGAAGAAUUAAAUUUGAUGAGGCACGGUUGUGUGUCGCUAAAACUAUUUCUUUGUUGAAUGUGCCUUCCAAUUCUUGAUCAAGCUUUAUUGUCUAUAACUUUUGUUGAUUAAGAAUCCUAUUUUUUGAAAUUCUCGUAAUUGGAGUUGGAUUCAUGGA